UGUCCGGAAGUGGCUCUGCUUCGGUUCUUGUGUUUUCAGGCUGAAAAUCCGACACUGAGGAGCCGAAGAGUUGUCAAACUUCGGUCCGGCUGGUGUGAGUGGACCUGGGGGGGGUUGACCCGGUUCAGCCCGGGUCUGGGCCUGGACCAUGGGCCUGCUGGCACGGAUCCGGAAGGAAUGGUUCAUUAUCGGGAUAGUCCUGGUCAUCUUAUCGGCCAAAGUCCAGCCGAGCUUCGGUGUCAAAGGAGGUCCUCUUAAACCAGAGGUCACCAUAGCGUACAUCGCCGUCUCACUCAUUUUCUUCAACAGUGGCCUGUCAUUAAAAACAGAGGAGCUGACCAGUGCGUUGUUCCACGUUCGGCUCCACUUCUUCGUCCAGUCCUUCACCUUGGUCUUCUUCCCUCUGGCCAUCUGGCUGCUGCUCAGAGUGCUGGCGCUGACCGCCAUCGACCAAUGGCUGCUCAAAGGGUUACAGACUGUCAGCUGUAUGCCCCCUCCAGUGUCCUCUGCUGUGAUUCUGACCAAGGCUGUAGGAGGCAACGAGGCUGCUGCCAUCUUCAACUCCGCUUUUGGAAGUUUCUUGGGGAUCAUAGUGACUCCAGUGCUGCUGCUUCUGUUUCUGGGCUCUUCCUCCUCUGUUCCCUUCUCCUCCAUCUUCUCUCAGCUCUUCAUGACUGUGGUGGUUCCUCUGAUCCUGGGUCAGGUGUGUCGCAGUUUCCUCAGGGAGUUUCUGGAGCGGCGGAAGCCUCCGUUCAGCGCCGUCAGCAGCGCCGUCCUCCUGAUGAUCAUCUACACCACCUUCUGCGACACCUUCAGUAACCCCCACAUAGAGCUGGACCCCACCAGCCUGCUGCUCAUCGUAUUCAUCAUUUUCUCCAUCCAGCUCAGCUUCAUGCUGCUCACCUUUGCCUUUUCUACCAGGUCUGGUUCAGGAUUCAGCCCAGCAGACACUGUGGCUGUUGUGUUCUGCUCCACACACAAGUCUCUCACUCUGGGUAUCCCUAUGUUGAAGAUCGUGUUUGCGGGUUAUGAGCACCUGUCUCUGAUCUCGGUUCCUCUGCUGAUCUACCAUCCUGCUCAGAUCCUGCUGGGCUCCGUCCUGGUGCCCACCAUACGCAGCUGGAUGACCAGCCGACAGAAGGUGGUGAAGCUGUCCACUCUGCAGCCAGUCUGACCAGUCUGACCAGUUGUGUGUCGUCCACCUCUGCAGAACAGUUGGACUGUGGUGGAAGGAUACGCUUCACUCAUGUGCCUUAUUCCAACCAAACAUACAGACCUCAGUGGAUCAGAGGGAACAGUGAUUUUUUUAGGGGUUUUUUUGUUUGUUUUUUACGACCAUGAGAAACUUGUCUACUUUUCUAUUUAAAGGAGACUGAACUAUUUUUGUAUUUUUUUGUAUAGUUUAUUAAACAAGUCUGACAAAAGAGAAAAAACCAGCCUCUGUAACAGGAAUGUGUUGAGCAGAGUUCCAGGGACCAGAGUGUUCAUGUCCUUUGGUUCUGAGCCUUCACCGUCACAUGUGGACCUUCUGUUCCAUUUGUGUUUUCAUUCAGACUAAUGGGACUGUACCUGAUACCUCAUACCUGAUACCAGAUCAGUCCUGGAUCUGCUCUGGAUGGCAGUCCUGAAACGGUCCCAUUAUUAUCUGU